AUUAUUAAUUGGAGUAGGUAAACUUUACUAGCUUGUUGGGGUUUUAUCAUCGAAUCUCUAUUUCUGUAUUACUAUAUCAUGAGCUUGCUUGUAGAUCUUUGUAUGCUAUAUGCCCUCCCCAUAGGUAAAAUUUUGGAUUUGCACUUGGUUAAGUAGUUGAUAUUUAUUAUAUGUAUUGAAUAGAGAAUAUGGGUGGUCACAGAGGUAAGACUAAGGAACCAAUGUCAUGGCUUGAUGAGAAUGAACAUGCUUUUAUCGGGAUACUUUAUGACAAUGUGAAAGCAGGAAAAUUGCAAUGCUCUACAUUCACGAAAGACGAAUGGGGCAAGAUCAAUCAAGACAUGAUUGGUCUCACAAAAAUGGAUUGUGGGAUAGAUAGACUGAAGGGUAAGUGGAACCGUUUACGUAAAGUGCAUCGCUUGUUCGCUGAACUAGUAGGGCAUACAGGUGUUACAUGGGAUCCAAAUACCAACAAAGUUGAUGCUGCAGAGGAAGUUUGGCAACACUUUUUUACGAUAAACAAGGCUGAGUACAAAAUAUUCAAGAAGGAAGGAUGUAAGCAUUAUGCAGUUCUAGGAGAGAUAUUUGGCGGGACUACAGCCACCGGAGGUUUAGGCAAUGCUUCCACUCAACUUCCUCCAACAUCAGAGGAAGAAAGGCAGAUAGAAGAUGAUUUUCUGAACAGGGGAGUGCAUGUACGUGCGCAACAAAAAGAUGAUGAAUAUGAUGAAGUUACAAGUAUUCGUCAUGACAAACGACGACGCAAGGAAUCUAAGACCAAUAAAAGUGAAAAACUUGAGGCUUGUAUAGCUCAAUGGUCAUCUAUAGUAAGUAUGAGAAGUGAAGAAACUGAACUUAGGAUGCUUUACCUGAAAGAAAAGCUUGCACACAUGCAAGGAAAAUUGUCUAUUCAAUCUAGCAAUUCUGAAGCCACUAGUCCAGAUCCGUAUUCAACAAAGGUUUGCCUAGACAUCUUAAAUAGUAUGGAAGGAGUGUCUAAUGAAGAUUAUAUGAAAGCAAUGAAGGCUUUUAAGGAUCCAGAUUUUAGGAUGUCAUUUGUGGAGAUGCCAGAAAUUAGGAGAGGACCUAUCUUGAAUCUUCUUUGA